ACCUUGGUGAGAGUCACGCCGCGCCGUUCGUCUCGAAUCGACGAGACCUCAUAUCUCGUGUUUUUCAAAAAAAAAUCGAUCGUCGCGUCUCGUCACGAGGGGUCGAUUUCCCCCACUCGCAGUUACUCGUUCGAAAGUUUUAACGCGGAGUUCAAGCAACGCGCCUUCCUCGAAUCAGUCUUUCAUCGCACUUCGAAUUACAGACAUCCUCGUUGAAAUUUGUGAAGAGCUAUAUCUUUUGAAGAUUUUCUUUUCAAAAGAAAGUUAACAGAAAAGUGUAAGAUUGAUUAUUGCAGACAAUUGCAAAUUCUUUUCUUCGCGAGGGAGAAGCAGCCGGUCGAACAGCUGAUCGAUUUGAUCGAUAUUUGAGAUCGAUGAUUUCAAAUAUUUGCGGACGCUGGAAUAAAUAAAGAAGAGGGAAGUGUCUCUUAAGGAGCUUGUUCUCUCCGGAAGCGUAUAUUAAUCAGCUAAGAAGAACGAUGUUGACGGCGCUCCUCUGCAGCUCUUCGUAAAAGGGUGCCUCAUCAUCGAACUCAUCCGUUUAAUAAUUCGAUCGUUAAGUGAUGUCACGACUCGUUCCACGUCGUUAAAAGAUGUCUUUCACGUUGUAAAGUGACCCUUGUCGAGAGAAGCUGUACACUUACGAUGGGCAAGCUUUUGAGUCUUUUGGCUCGAGACGAGUCUACCUGUUGCACGCCUCAAAAGUACGACGUCUUCUUAGAUUUCGAAAAUGCGCAACCAUCGGAUAUCGAACGCGAGACGUUCGAAGCAGUGCAAAGGGUGCUGAAAAAUUCAGAAUCUAUUUUGGAGGAAAUACAAUGUUACAAAGGGGCCGGCAAAGAAAUCAGAGAAGCAAUUUCAGCACCCACCGAGGAAUGCCAACGAAAGGCUUAUCUGACCGUAGCACCCCUCGUCGCGAAACUCAAACGAUUUUAUGAGUUUUCCUUGGAACUCGAAAGGGUUGUACCGAAAAUUUUGGGUCAAUUGUGCUCGGGAAAUCUCUCACCAACGCAACAUUUGGAAACGCAGCAGGCCCUAGUCAAACAAUUGGCGGAGAUAUUGGAAUUUGUGUUGAAGUUUGACGAGCAUAAAAUGAAAACGCCGGCGAUCCAAAAUGACUUCAGUUACUACCGGAGGACGUUGACAAGGGCGUCUUUGGCGCGACAGGACAACGCAGAGAAGGAUUUAGUUGUCGGCAACGAACUCGCCAACCGAAUGUCCUUGUUCUACGCCCACGCGACACCCAUGCUUCGUGUUCUGAGUCACGCGACCAUUACUUUCUUGAUAGACAACGAAGAUAUAGCAAGAGAAAAUAUAACAGAAACACUUGGUACAAUGGCAAAAGUGUGUCUUCGAAUGUUGGAAAAUCCGAAUUUGUUGGCACAAUUCCAACGAGAAGAAACUCAGCUCUUUGUUUUAAGGGUCAUGGUGGGUCUAGUGAUCCUCUACGAUCAUGUACAUCCCCAAGGUGCCUUCGUAAAGGGUUCGAAUGUGGAUGUCAAAGGCUGUGUGAAACUAUUGAAGGAUCAGCCGCCUUGCAAGAGCGAAGGCCUGCUGAAUGCUUUGCGCUACACUACGAAGCACUUGAACGAGGAAAACACACCGAAAAAUAUAAAGAACCUGCUGGCCGCAUGAUUACCAAAACAAAGCGGUUGCUGCAUCAGAAGUUGAAGCUUGUUGAAGCCGCACUUCUUCGCAGACACUUCUCGAAUGACCGUCUAUGUAGCUUCGAAGAUCUAACAAUAAGAGUCUCUCAAUCGCGCAUAAAGCGGUCUUCUUUUUCGCGCACAUCCGGUUUGACGGACCACACACGUGUUCUCGGAACCACGUCAAAAGCUGCCCGAAAACUGCCGAGAUAUUUGAAGUCUUCGAACAAAAAUUGAUUAAUUACACGUUGAUAUUACGAUCAAAUUCGUCAAACGAUCGAUCGUACCACGUGUUCCUUUUAUUUUCCUAUAAUUGUCUGACAGAGAUUCAUGUAUGUGAUCAUAUUACUUAUUAUUAUUGCCGAUGUUAUAUAUUAUACGCGAAACAAACAUUAUUGUGUCGCGGCAAAUCUUCCAAACUUUAGAGUAUCCUCAUUAAACGUUUAAAAUUUUCAUUAAGCUGUUUCCAUUAGUGAAUUGCGCGAGUUUUCAAUUUACAAAAUCUUUUUGAAGGAUAGGAAAAAUUAAAUAAGAGUCGAAAUAAAGUUUUAAGGCUAGAUUUUUGCGCACAGCGAUCGUUUUUUUCUUGAUGCAGCGUUUUAACCAAAGUCGUUUAUGAUUUCCGCCCGAACAGGACGAGAAGUUAAUUAGAGCAUAUCAUAGUGUAUUUAGGGUAACACAAAUCUUUGGGGGUGUUACAAAGAGAGCUUUAAUCACGUUACAGAUAUUAUGGAGAUUUUUAGCUCUUGUUUUCUUUGUUGAAUGACGGGCGAGAGGGUGAAUUGUGAGACUGUGAGGUGUUGUAAAGUCGCAAAGUCGAAUACUGCCGGAACAAAUCUCAUUUUAUCGAUAUAACCUCGUAUUUGGAAAGUAUCCUAAAUCUAAUAUUUGGAAUGUAUCAAUUAUUAUUAUGUGUGAUCUAAAAUCACAUUUUGUAGCCUUUUCUUAUAUAUGAUUGAAGAAUAGGAGAACACCAAAGAUGCUUUUAGUGUAUAGCAAAGUUAUGAGAACGGCAGAUGUGAUUUAUUAUUAUUAUUAUUAUUAUUAUUACUAUACCACCUUAUAUUAUUCACAUUCUUAUUAUAAAUGAUCUUAUGAAAGUCCUAUUUACAGUAAUCAGUAAACUCGCAUGUGGCGCGAUAUAUGUCAGUGAGCAUCGUCUACCUACAUAUAAAUACGGAUGUACAAAUGUAAUGGUCCUUGCGCGAUAAUUUGUUGUAUUUCCUCCUAACACGUGCAACCAUACAUUUUGAGCACCGAUUUGAAUCCCGGACUUU